UGGUGGGUUGUGGUUGCUAUAUAUUAUAUGCACAGAGCUGACACGGACUUCAAACAUAACAAACUAGCAUCAUAAAUGAGUCAUAGACACGCUAAUGUAGGCAGCAAAAGCAGCUUCCGUUGCAGUUAGCAACAUGCAUCCUGCUCCUAGUCCUGCCAUUCUUCAGCCACCAACCUGUGUUUAUCCCACCUGCACCUUGAAAUAAUUCAACUUUCUGCUGUUUUAUUUAAUCCAGCACUGAUUGGGAAGCACUAAGGGACCUCAGCACACUGCCCUCGGUCGGUUAGAGAUCCUCACUGCAUGCGGGAAGACCCAGUAUAGCUGCGCUCUCUGGCUCCUCUCAUCUCAUUCUCUAGAAGAUGGCGGACUGCGCUUCACUGUUAGAUGAGGAGCUCUCUUCAUUCGUCUUCAAUUACUUGACUGAAAACUCCGGAAGCCAGUAUGGGGAAGAGGAGGUCUGCUCAGACCGCCUGGAUGCUGACUUCCCUGACUUUGACCUCUCGCAGCUGGACGCCAGUGAUUUUGACUCAGUGAACUGCCUCAGUGAGCUGCAUUGGUGCAACGAGCACUCAGAUCAAUCUCCUGCAUCCAUACAGUACAGUGCUGGAGACCCAGAGCUAUUUGAGGAAGAAAAUGCGGCACUGCUCGCUGCCCUCACAGACAGCCUGGACGGCAUUGUUGAGGACGGAGUCGGGGGUCUGUCUGUGUUCCCUUCCCUAGGGGACGACCCUGAGGAGGGCGAGGAGGAGGAAGAUGACCUCCCUUUGGACAGUGAGCCUUUCCCUGGCUCACUGAGCCCAGAGACAGAAGAACCAUCUCUACUCAAAAAGCUCCUGUUGUCGCCCCCUAAUGUGCCUGCGGGCCUCGAGUCGCACAAAGACGGCAGCGUGCAUCGCCAUAGCAGCAGGAACCAGCACGUCAAGCCCGUGAGGCCUGUGCUGAAGAAGGACAAAUCAAGCACACAGGAGCGUAAGCCACGACCAGUGAGGCCCACCGGUCGUCUUUGCACUGAACUCCACCGCCACCUCACCACCGCACGGGAGGCUGAGGACACGCCUUCCGCUGACACGGAGGAAGAGGAAGAGGAGGAUGAAGAGGACAGUGACUCAGAGGAAGAGGAGGAGGAGGAGUCUUCCAGCAGUGAGAGUGAGAGCAUGGUGUGCGUUGAGCCAGCGAAGCCUCAGUUCUCCUCAGAGAAGGAACUGCACUCGGUAGUGGAACUCAUCAAAUACAUGCACACGUACUGCCUGCCGAUACGCAAACAGGCCAGCUGGGAUCGCAAAGAGCGUGAGGCUUUGGCGCGAAAGACCAAGCCUGAGAACCCGCAGGUCCCCCGUGGCCUUCCUCAGAACUCUCAGAAACCGCCCCCCCAGACCAGCAGUGGGACCAGGCCAAGGGUGCCCUUCACUCGCCGCAGGGAAAUCAAAGCCCACUCCCUGCUCAAGGAGCUGUUAGAGGCAGUCAGUUCCUUUGACGUAAGCAAGCCUUACAGAAUGCACAGCCCCCCUUAUAUCCACUGCAGAGGGGCAGUGACUCGGCCUGGCGCUGACGUUUCUUCCUCCCCUGCACGUCAGCCCAAAGCUGAAGCUAAAGAUUCAGACUGCGAGAGCUCGCAAAAGGCCGCAAAGCGCCCCAAAAGCCCCGAGCCAGAGGAAGGCUCCUUUUCAGUCAGGCGUUCCCGCCGUCUAGCCUCCUUCCCCAGCCGAUUCGCUAAGAAGGUCCGUGAGAACUGUGGGCGGUUGGAGCCCAUUGCUGGGCAAUCCAGGGAAGAGGAGAACGUGGUCAAACAUCCUCCCACUGAGCCUCCUUCUGAUAGCAGCCAGAAGACCAACUCCCACAAGGCUUCUGAAGCCCAUAACCCAUGCUGCAGGGACGAGAAACGCUCCUGCCUCUGUCUGCCGCUGGCGUCCAAAUCCAAUGGAGACACGCAGUAUGCCAACAAGCCCUUUGAGCAGACUCUCUGUGUGGAAUUGUGUGGCACAGCAGGCCUGACUCCCCCCACCACACCCCCUCAUAAACCAGUGGAGGAUGAGCUCUUCAAACCAGACGGAAAAGCUGAGCUCACCACCAAGAGCUCGUGCCUGGCGCGGGCGCACAUACGCAAGCUCCCAGAGCAGACAGAACUGUACGCCCAGCUGCGCAGGAUGGGCCAAACGGGCGACACGGACUCUAAGGGUGAAUCGCAACGUGCAUACGGGGACCACGAUUACUGCCUAUUGGGACUGGGAGAGAGUCGCAAGAGAACGGCAGCGGCGCUCGCCUCUCAGUGCCAUGUGGAAGUGGCGGAGGAGGAUGAGAUGGAUGUGAGGAACGGGGAGAUUGAGGGACAGGAGGAGAGGCUCCUAACGAAGGUCCCCGAUUACCAGCAAACGACUGAGGCCGACUCGGCCACUGCGUUGACCACGCCCAGUCCCGAGCAGACCAGUGAACCCAUACCUGUCCGUUCUCCCAGCCCAGAGCUGGACGCCCAGUCCCCAGUUUCCUGUUCACCCCCCUCACCCAGCUGCAAACUCUCCUUCAGCGAUGAGAGCUCUGAGACAUGCCACGAAGCAACUGAAAAAAGGAGCAAGACAAAGUGUGGACAAGAGAAUGAUGUGAACAAGUGCCAAGUGAUCUACAUUCACAACCUUCCGAACAGCUUCACUCAGUCCAUGCUGCGUAAGCGCUUUGAGGCCUUCGGCCGUCCAGAAGACUGUAAAGUGGUCAUCAAAAACGAGGAGCGCUGUGGAGUGAUCACACUGAGGCCCACUCAGAACGGCCAGACCUCACGGCACAGGUGGGACUCGCUUGGUCCGAGCGGAGGGAACGGCAGCCGGCGGUUCGGCAGGAAGCGUUACAUAGAUCUGGAUGAGGCGGGUCCAGGUCCGGUGAAGAGCAAGUACGAUGCACUGGACUUUGACGCUCUGCUGAAAGAGGCCCAGAGAAGCCUGCAUCGCUGACACGCCUUACCACGCCUCCAGCGACACGCCCUGUCCGAGACUCUCCUCAGCACCUCAACCAAGGCACUUCUUCAUGUUUACAUUUUGAACAUUGGAAUAAAAAAAUAGACCUUGUCACUUCUAACUGAGGAUCGGAGGACAUUGGGGCGGGAGGAUUACAAACGAACAGAAACAGCUCUGACACACUGGACACAAGUGCUGCUUCUCGUGUGUGUGUUUGAUGCCAUUCAUGACGUUGCGAGCGGCUCGGGCUUCGUAGCAAACCGCACUCUUUUCCAUUGGUUGUUGUGACGUGCGUGUGCUUUUUUUUUUGUUUUUUUAUUUGUUUCCCUUGUCUUCUUUUCAUAGACCUGCAAGGUGCUUUCACCAUUUUGUCGUACAAAUAUAUAAACAAUAACUGCUUUGUAUUAGCGAAACUUUGUGGAUGUUCAACUCUGUGUGUGUGUGUGUGUGCGUGUGUGUGUGUUACGACGAAAAGUGGAU